AUGGAUAGUAAUAAGGAAGAGGCUGAUAGAUGUGUAAUGCUGGCAAAGAAGGCUAUCCAAGGGGGAGACUUAGACAAGGCUAGGAGACUAUUAGAAAAAGCGAAUAGGAUGUAUCCCAGCCAUACUGCAACUGAGAUGCUCAACAGUCUGAAUUAUAAUGACUCGAGUCCUUCAAAACCAAACCAUAGUUACCAGAACCACCAUAGCCACCAUCACAACCAAAAUAAACAUAAUACUCAACAUCAUAAUAGAACAUCUCCCAAAAACUCCCAUAGUCCAAUUAAGGGUAAAAGACGAAAUGAGGAUGUAGAUUGUCCAAAUUCACAUACAGAAAGGUCAGCUAAUAGUUCGAGCUCUGCAUCAGAGACUUCAGAAAGUAUGUGUAAACGUAUUUUAAAAGCAAAAAACUUUUAUGAUACUUUGGGAAUACCUAAAGAUGCAGAUGAUGCUGCCAUCAAAAAAGCAUAUAAAAAACUAGCUCUACAGCUCCAUCCUGAUAAAUGUAAGGCUCCAAGUGCCGAAGAGGCAUUCAAAAGAAUUGCCAUGGCCUUUCAGACUUUGUCAGAUGCAGAGAAACGAAAGAACUAUGAUACUUUCGGAGAAGAUGGGCCUCCAAUGCACUCAGCUUCAGGUGAUGUCAGGUAUUAUCAGUAUCAUCAAGGAGAAGGAUUCCUCACACCAGAAGACUUAUUCAGGAUGUUUUUUGGAGGGAUGCCUGCAGAGGUAUCAUUUCAAAGACAAAGAUUCCCUACCAGAAGUGGUCACUCAAGAUCUCACACAAGAACAUACACAACUAAUAUGAAUUCAGGUGGUGCAACAGCUGAAGGUUUACAGACAGGACCUUUAUGGCAAAAAAUAGCAGGUGUUAUUCAGAUACUACCCGUCUUAUUAAUGUUAUUUUUGGCCAUAAUGGGUAACUUUAUGCCAACUUUCUUCCCUGAAGAAAAACCUAUCUACAGUUUUAACCGAACUAGAGAAUACAAUAAACAGAGAUGGACAGGAAUACAUAAUGUGAGCUUUUACAUCAACCCAAAAACUAACUUUGAUUCAAAAUUUCCACCAGAUUCUUCAAAAUUACAGGAAUUGGAAGUGAAGAUAGAAAUGAUCCACUUUACCAGAGAAUGUGGAAUAGAAGAAAGAACUAUUUUGCAAGAUAUUGCAUAUGCAAAGUACUACCAGAGUCGAAGUAAAUUAAAAGAAAUCCAAAGCAGAAGUAAACCUAAUUGUGAUAAACUUAAAUGGCUUAGAGAUAAGUAUCCAAGCAUAUAUAGACAAACUAUGAGGAACUAG